GCAGCCCUCCUCCUCCCUGGGAGACCCAGUGCCUGGCGAGCGGCGCGAGGUGGUCCGGGGACGGUGUCCCUCCCGGGCGCGUGGGGCUCUCCUGCUGCCCAGCGCCUGAUGUGCCUUCUGCAGGUGCCGCCUCCUCCUCGGACGUCCCCACCACUCCGGGUGCCGGGCACGGGAAGCUGCUGGAUGGUCGCAGACGAUUGAUUGUCCCUGGAAGAGAGAGGGGGGAGGGAGUGGUGGAGGGCUGCCUGCCUGGAGCCUCUUGGGCCACCUGUCAGACCCGCGGAGCCUGGUUGCCACUUGGAUCUGGAAGGAGCGCCCGGGGGUCCUUUUGGAGACGGAUCAGAAAGGGGAGACUUGCCGCGUAUGCAACUGGGAGUACGACCACUACACACAGAGGGAAAGAGGACAGAAGGCUUGGGGCACCCCCCCCUCCCCGUUCAUCCCCCCCUCCCUUGCGUGAAUUCCCCACCACCUUUCUCCAGGGUCUGCUGCUGCACUUUCUUCCCUGCUUCUAUCUGCUGCUCAGAUCAUGUCAGCUAAGCUUCUGGUGGGUUUCUUCCUUCUGUCCGUCUUCCAAGCCUGGUAAGUCCACCUGUUCAAGAAAGGUUGACGAGGAUGAUUUUGAAGAUUCUACGACAAAUCAAAAAUGGGUAAUGUCUCCAAAAGCACACGACACUGAUGUGACACUGUUGUUAAACAAGUUGCUGAGCGAAUAUGAUAAAAAGCUGCGGCCAGACAUUGGAAUGAAGCCAACUGUCAUUGACGUUGACAUUUAUGUUAAUAGCAUUGGCCCCGUGUCAUCGAUAAAUAUGGAGUACCAAAUUGAUAUAUUUUUUGCUCAGACAUGGACUGAUAGCCGCCUUCGUUUUAACAGCACCAUGAAAAAAAGUCUUACCCUCAACAGCAAUAUGGUUGGGUUAAUUUGGAUCCCAGAUACGAUCUUCAGGAAUUCUAAAACUGCAGAAGCUCAUUGGAUUACUACACCCAAUCAGCUCCUAAGAAUAUGGAAUGAUGGGAAAAUCUUGUAUACUUUAAGGCUCACCAUCAAUGCUGAAUGCCAGCUGCUGCUACAUAAUUUCCCAAUGGAUAAGCAUUCAUGCCCGCUGAUAUUCUCCAGCUAUGGCUAUCCUAAAGAAGAAAUGAUUUACAGGUGGAGAAAAAACUCAGUAGAGGCUGCAGACCAGAAAUCUUGGAGACUCUAUCAGUUUGACUUCAUGGGUCUCAGAAAUAACUCUGAUACUUUGAAAACAUCAGCAGGUGAUUAUAUAGUCAUGACUAUAUACUUCGAUUUAAGUAGGAGAAUGGGAUACUUCACUAUUCAAACAUACAUUCCUUGUAUAUUGACAGUCGUCUUAUCCUGGGUAUCAUUUUGGAUUAAAAAAGAUGCCACACCAGCAAGAACAGCCCUAGGUAUCACCACAGUAUUAACCAUGACAACUCUCAGCACCAUUGCAAGGAAUUCCUUACCUCGUGUUUCCUAUGUCACUGCCAUGGAUCUGUUUGUGACCGUGUGCUUUUUAUUUGUCUUUGCUGCUCUGAUGGAGUAUGCAACCCUCAACUACUACUCAAGCUGCAGGAAGCCACACUGUGCAAAGAAAAAAAAGUCGCUACCUGAUGUCAGUUUUGGUCACAUGAUGAAUUAUUCUGUAUUGGAGAUGAGACCUCCUCCUACAGUCAUCACACUGAAUAAUGCCAUGUACUGGCAAGAAUUUGAAGACAAUUGUAUCUAUGAAUGCCUGGAUGGGAAGGACUGUCAGAGCUUUUUCUGCUGCUAUGAAGAAUGUAAAUCAGGCUCGUGGCGGAAAGGACGGAUACACAUAGACAUCUUAGAACUAGACUCUUAUUCAAGGGUCUUUUUCCCUACAUCAUUCCUGCUGUUUAAUUUAGUGUACUGGGUUGGAUACCUCUAUCUCUAGAAACCAUGAAGGAAACUGUGUUUUCAUGCUCCAUGGUGAACAUGUGGAAGUACAGGACAUGGCCAGUUUCGUCGUGAAGCCAAAAAGUCACUUUUUCUGAUCAAAAAAGAGAAGAUUUUUAGUUACUCCUUUGCCUGAAAAACAAAAUAUUCAUUUCAAGUAUCAGGUUUUGGUUUUUUUUCAAAUACAGUAUACCACACACUGUUGCUUAUCAAUUGUUUAUUAACUGUUCCUUCAUGUUGGAGCAUUUGCUAUUUUCUCUGGGUUACAGGUUGCUAUGUAGCAUUCAGGCAAGGAAGCUAUGGCCAAGUAUUCUGUUUUGGGUUUUCAUUCAUAUAUUCCUUUCAACGUUUAACAUAUUCUGGGGCUCCAACCAGUCCUUUUUAGUGCAGAUUAUCUGUGAUGUCAUGUGAGACCAUCUAUUUUUAUUGAGUUGUGUUUGAUCCAAUGAAAAGCAACUGAAAUUUACAUCAUGGGAUUCAUGAUUUUUGUCGUCGGUUUUAUUUGGAGGUGAGCAUUAUUAUUUAGUAGCACAACAAAAUUUGCUUUUUCCUACAGAAUACAGGUGUUCCUUAAAAUAUCUUUAUUUCAUUAAACAUUCCUUUAAUUAAAAGAUUCUUCUGACUGGUCAAAUACUGCAGGAAAUGAAUUAAUUUCUAGAAAAUGUUCUUGAAACUUGACAAGGCUUAGCUCGUUUAUGAUAGUGUAGCAGAUUGUAGCUGAUAGGGCAUAUGGUUCACUAUAAAAUAGCACUAGGAGGAUGUGAUUAAUCGCAGGUUGCAAUUUAAUUUCUCCCAUACAUUGUUAACGUUUCUUUUGCAUUGAUAUUUUUAGAGUGAGAAAUGUAUAGAUCCAGUGUGUUCUGUCAAUGCAGAAUAAAAUUCACACAUCUCAGUCAGAGUCCGGUACGGCUAAAAUGUGCACGCGAAGGUCAUGCACAGGUAGGGACCCCACUUCAUUUCACUGAAGAAACUUAAACCAUGUGUGCAUUCCUCUGUUCAUGGAUUGGAUCUCCCUAUUUAAAUGAAUGGAGAACUAUUCAUGUGUGAGGGAAUUCCAUGCAUGUUGGAGUACCUGCACUGGUAAGCAAUGUUUGGAUUGAGACAAUAGAGCAGAUCAAUAGAAGCCUUAGGUGUGUAUGGGAUUUCUUGGAAAGAAAAUGAAACAUUAGAGGAAAAGGACCCAACAAAAGGAAGUACUUUUUCACACAGUGCAUAAUUAAUCUAUGGUAUUCUCUGCCAAGGGAUGUGGUGAUGGCCUCUAGCUUGGAUGGAUUUAAAAGGGGCUUAGACAAAGGUUGAUUAAUGGCUACUAGUCUCCGGUGACUAUAGGCCACCUCCAGCCUCAGAGGCAAGAUGCCUCUAAAUACCAGUUGUAGGAGAGCAACAGGAAGAGAAGGGGCAUGCCCUCAGCUCUUGCCUGUGGACUUCUCAGAGGCAUCUGGUUGGCCACUGUGUGAAACAAGAUGCUGGACUAGAUAGGCCUUGGGCCUGAUCCAGCAGGGCUGUUCUUAUGCUGGAGGUUCUGUUGUAAACAAUAGAUUUUGAAAAGUUCUUAGCUAUGAAGAAGUACUAGGAAUUUUUUUUAACUACUAAUAGAUUUUAAAUUGGAAAUGUGUUUUGUACUUUUGGAACAUGUUCAGACAUUAAAUUACUGAAAAGUGUAAA